UCCCAAGUUUCUUUUCUUUCUUUUUUUCUUUCGCUGCUGUCUUUUUAUCACCAGUACUUACUCUAUAAGUGCUAAUUAGCCGACAUCUUUUCUGGUUUUGCCAACCAAUCUCUUCUAUCCAUCUCUUUAUCUAUAACUACAUACAUCUCUUUAAUGGCGGUUCCACUCUUUCUUUCGCAUUUCCAUUCUUCCAGGUAACUGGGGGUAGGUGCUGGGUUGUGUCUUUUAAGCGAUGGAAGAGCCGGGGCCGCUUAAACGGGCUUUAAUUGACGCGGCUGCUGGGGCUAUUUCUGGUGGCAUAUCUCGAACGGUAACAUCCCCGUUGGAUGUUAUCAAGAUUAGAUUUCAGGUUCAAUUGGAGCCAACUUCAUCAUGGGCAGUACUUCGGAAAGAGAUGUAUGGGUCGUCAAAGUAUACUGGGAUGAUGCAGGCGACUAAGGACAUUCUUAGAGAAGAAGGUUUACCGGGUUUUUGGCGUGGUAAUGUCCCAGCGCUACUCAUGGUCAUGCCGUAUACUUCUAUACAAUUUACGGUGUUGCACAAGUUUAAAACCUUUGUUUCAGGCUCAUCUAAGGCAGAGGAUCACAUUCAUUUGAGCCCUUACUUAUCUUACUUAAGCGGAGCAUUAGCGGGAUGUGCAGCAACUGUUGGAUCAUAUCCAUUUGAUCUCUUACGAACCAUUUUAGCGUCACAAGGGGAGCCAAAGGUAUAUACAACCAUGAGAUCUGCCUUCGUUGACAUCGUGAGAAGUCGUGGCUUUCGAGGGUUAUAUGCAGGAUUAGCGCCGACUUUGGUUGAGAUCAUUCCUUAUGCUGGCCUGCAGUUUGGCACCUAUGACACCUUUAAGCGCUGGACCUUGCGGCUGAACAGGCUCAGAUCAUCCAAUCAAGGUUCAAAACUUACAAGUGAAAGUCUCUCUAGCUUCCAGCUUUUUGUCUGUGGGUUAGCUUCUGGUACAUGUGCCAAAGCCGUCUGCCACCCCCUUGAUGUGGUCAAGAAGAGGUUCCAGAUUAUAGGACUUCCCAGGGACCCAAAGUAUGGAGCUCGGGUUGAGCACCAUGCUUAUAAUGGCAUGUUUGAUGCCCUAAGGCGCAUCUUGGUAACUGAGGGGUGGUCUGGUCUUUACAAGGGUAUUGUCCCUUCUGUUAUCAAAGCUGCUCCAGCGGGUGCUGUCACAUUUGUAGCUUAUGAAUACACAUCAGAAUGGUUAGAAUCCCACUUGACUUGAUACAGAGUUUGAUUCAUUUUAUAGUACCGUAUUUUUUUUUCUCUAUUCUAUUUCAUGUAGUUACAAAGAAAAGAAAAGAAAAGAAAAAGGAAAGGUUCAUAAUUCAUACUUUCUGAUUUAGAUAGUCUGUAGUAAUCCCCCCUUUACAUAAUUUUUUUUAAAUACCCUAAAAGGUGAAUAGAUGAGGGGAACCAUUACAUGAUUGUACUCGGUAUUUUUCAUGAACGGAAAUAUUAUACAAGUCUUCUUCAUCUUAA